AUGGGCAAGUAUAAUGUUGGUUUAGUAUUCUUUGUGUUUUUAGCUUUGACAUCAAUAAUUUGUUUGGUGUGUAAUGCCAGUGGUGAUGAAAGCAGUAAAGUUUACAUUGUAUACAUGGGGUCACUUCCUAAAGGAGCAUCAUAUUCCCCAAGCUCUCACCAUAUUAACUUGUUGCAACAAGUUGUGGAUGAUAUUGACAUACAAAAUUGCUUAGUACGAAGUUACAAGAGGAGUUUCAAUGGUUUUGCUGCUAUACUCAACGAUCAACAAAGGAAAAAACUUGUGGGCAUGAGAGGUGUGGUGUCAGUUUUUCCAAGCCAAGAGUACCACCUUCAAACCACAAGGUCGUGGGACUUCCUUGGUUUUCCUCAAUCAAUCAAGCGAGACCAAACUGUUGAAAACAAUUUGGUGAUUGGAGUAAUAGAUUCUGGAAUUUGGCCAGAAUCUGAAAGUUUCAACGAUAAAGGUCUUGGUCCAAUUCCAAAAAAAUGGAAGGGAGUUUGUGCAGGUGGUAGUAACUUCAGUUGCAACAAGAAAAUAAUCGGAGCACGAUUUUACGGUAGUGGAGUUGAGAGUGCAAGAGACAUUAUUGGUCAUGGAAGCCACACAUCAUCAACAGCAGGUGGAAGAGAGGUGAAAGGUGUGAGUUUUGAUGGUCUUGCAAAAGGCACUGCAAGAGGUGGAGUCCCAUCUUCAAGGAUUGCUACAUACAAAAUUUGUGAUUCACCUAGAUGCAGUGGAGAUGCUAUUUUAGCUGCAUUUGAUGAUGCCAUUGCAGAUGGAGUUGACGUCAUCACCGUCUCUUUGGGUUCACAAACACAGGUUGACUUUGUCAAUGAUCCUAUUGCCAUUGGUUCUUUUCAUGCCAUGGAGAAGGGAAUACUCACAACCAAUGCUGCCGGAAACUUUGGUCCUAACCCAAGUAGUACUACAAGUGUAGCACCUUGGUUAUUUACUGUUGCUGCAACUACCAUUGAUCGAAAAUUCAUUACUAAGCUAAUUCUUGGAAAUGGAAACACUUUCGUUGGUACAUCAAUCUAUACUGGCCCUUCAAAUGCUACCAAACUUCCAAUAGCUGUGCGUAAUGCUAAAUAUUGCCCCAAUGGAAGAAAUACAACCCCUGAAAUGUGUGAUUGUUUGGACAAAAGUAUGGUGAAGGGAAAGCUUGUUUUGUGUGGAGCAGGUGGAUUGUUUCCUACUUCUGAUACAGGUAUAAUUGGUUCAAUAAUUAAUGUUACGGACUCUGAUUUUGAUAAUUCUGCUGUCACUUACAAGCCUUCCCUUAACUUGAAAACCAAGGACUUUGUUCAAGUUCAAUCUUACACAAAUUCUACUAAACACCCUGUUGCUCAAAUUUUAAAGAGUGAGAUUUUCCACGACACCAAUGCUGCUCCUCAAGUUCCAAUUUUCUCCUCUCGUGGCCCAAAUCCUUUUGUUCCAGAAAUUAUGAAGCCAGAUAUAAGUGCUCCAGGAGUGAAUAUCUUAGCUGCAUAUUCACCUUUUGCGGGAUCCACCUCAGGUGAUAUGGAUGACAAGAGAAAGUUCAAAUAUAGCCUAGCAACUGGAACCUCUAUGUCAUGUCCUCACGUUGCUGGAGUUGUUGCAUAUGUAAAAUCAUUUCAUCCAGAUUGGUCACCUGCAGCUAUAAAAUCUGCCAUUAUGACGACCGCUAAACCUGUGAAAGGUACUUAUGAUGAUUUGGCUGGAGAAUAUGCUUAUGGUUCUGGGAAUAUCAAUCCACAACAAGCCCUUCAUCCUGGACUUGUUUAUGACAUCACUAAGCAAGAUUAUGUGCAAAUGCUAUGUAAUUAUGGUUAUGAUCAAAACAAAAUUAAACAAAUUAGUGGAGAUAAUUCCAGUUGCCAUAGAGCUCCCGAAAGAUCUUUGUUGAAAGAUAUAAACUAUCCUGCAAUGGUGAUUCCAGUUUUGCCCGAUAAUAACCAUUUCCAUGUCAAGAUUCAUAGAAUAGUCACAAACGUUGGCUUUUCUAACUCAACCUACAAGGCCACUCUCAUCCAUCAUAAUCCAAAAAUCAAGAUCAAAGUUGAACCAAAACUUCUUAAGUUCAAAUCAUUACAUGAGAAGCAAUCAUUUGUUGUCACUAUUAUUGGGAGAGAGAAAUUAAAUCAAACUGUAUUUUCCUCAUCACUCAUUUGGUCUGAUGGCACCCACAACGUCAAAAGUCCUAUUAUUGUACAAAUACUACCUCUAUAA